AUGCCUUCCCAAGCUGCUCUCCUCAUUGGGGCUAUUACGCACGCGCGCAAAGAAUGGGAGAGUCUCUCCUCGAUCCUGUCCCUCAAGGAAUUCCCCAGCGGCACUCGAGAGGAGUUCAUUAAGAACUGCAAGGCGGGACACUACGAUGAUGUGACUGCAAUUUACCGAUCCAAUACCUCUAAUAAGUACACCGGAAACUUCGAUGCCGAGCUGCUCGCCGUGCUACCCCAGUCGGUCAAGUAUAUCUGCCAUAAUGGCGCCGGAUAUGACAAUCUCGAUGUGGCAACUUGCUCGCAGAAGAAUAUUUCCGUCUCGAGCACUCCCGUCGCGGUGAAUAAUGCCACUGCUGAUGUGGGCAUUUUUCUUAUGAUUGGUGCACUCCGCCAGGCUUAUGUGCCCCAGGCUGCUCUUCGGGCUGGCACUUGGCAAGGACAGUCGACUCUGGGCAAUGACCCCCAGGGCAAAGUUUUGGGAAUUUUGGGCAUGGGCGGAAUUGGUCGCGAAAUGGCCGCACGGGCCAAGGCUUUUGGCAUGAAGAUCCAAUACCACAAUCGCUCCCAGCUGCCGGCGGAACUGGAGGGUGGAGCGACAUAUGUUUCGUUCGAUCAGCUUCUGGCUAAUGCCGACGUCCUCAGCUUGAACUUGGCCCUGAACGCAUCGACACGGCAUAUUAUUAGCGCGAAGGAGUUUGGGAAAAUGAAGGAUGGCGUAGUGAUUGUCAACACUGCGCGUGGAGCUUUGAUCGACGAGAAGGCGCUGGUCGCUGCGAUCGAAUCUGGCAAGGUUCGGUCUGCUGGCCUGGAUGUAUACGAAAAUGAGCCAGCAAUUGAGCCCGGUCUGGUGAACAACCCGCGGGUCAUGCUGCUCCCUCAUAUUGGUACAAUGACCUAUGAGACACAAAAGGAGAUGGAGAUCCUGGUGCUCGACAAUCUGCGGUCUGCGGUGGAGAAGGGAAAGUUGAUUACACAAGUACCAGAACAAAAGCGGGCAUAG